AUGAAUAUCCAUGCACCCCCUCACCAUUCCUCACAACUCAACAUCACUGACGAUGUCCUCACAAAGAACCCUACCCCGUUCAUCAUGCGCUACCAAGACUACAUUGACGCCUUCAACCACAAUGCCGACCAGGAUGCUAAAGCGCAGUUUUUCACUGAAGACACCACCCUCGAAGCGCCCUACCUCCCAACGGGUAUCCUACACGGUCGCACGGCCAUCAUGGCCAUGUUCGCCGCCGCGCACGCCAAGGUCAAAGAGGAGCUGCGUCCGCGGCUCGUCGUGCAGCAGGGCGACGACGUCAUCAUGGCCGAGGUGGACGCGUGCUUCGUCGCCAAUGAAGACACGCACGAAUCGGGCUUCUAUGACUUCAAGAAGGGGGAGGCGGUGAGCUUUAGGUUCUUUGGCGUGUAUGAAUUGAGGGAUGACCGUAUUGCAAAGAUGAGGCUGAGCUAUUGGCCGAGCCCGUCGAUGAUUGAGGCGUUUUGA